CAACGUUAAAAUAAUUCAAUUAUCAAUUAAUUUCGUUGUAAACAGCAGUUUUCCCGAUAGAUUCUAGUCGAGGAUUCAUCGGCAUCGAUAGAAUUAAUCAUGGCGGAUCGCGUGGAACCUCCCCCUUUGUUCGAAAAUGUCGAUAUAAACAAUAAAGAUAAGGACGACGAUCUUUUUCAAUCGGCUCUCGAAGGCCCCACCAUAGAAGAAAUCAACAAGAACUACAACGUUUUAGAAAUCACAGAGGAAUUAGAGAACGUACCGAUCAACAAUCAACAUAACAAUUCCAGUAUGCCUUCCACCAUGGAACAGGUCAAUCCGGAGGAGGAUUCCGAACGGGACGAUAGAUUCCUAGAAAUCACCAUUACUGAACCGCAAAAAAUCGGAGAAGGAAUGGGAGCCUACAUGGCCUAUCGGGUCUCGACCAGAACCAACAUGUCCAUAUUUAAAAAGAAGGAAUUCGCAGUAUCCAGACGGUUCAGCGAUUUCCUUGGGCUCCACGACAAACUAACGGAGAAGUAUUUAAAAGUCGGACGGAUCAUUCCGCCUGCUCCGGAAAAAAGCGUCAUAGGGAUGACCAAAAUCAAGAUGUCCAGCCAAGAUGGCACCCCCACGAACGGAGGCGGCGAUUUCGUGGAAAGGCGACGGGCGUCUCUGGAAAGGUAUUUAAGGAGGACCGCUCAACAUCCAGUUUUACUGGAAGACCAACAUUUUAGGGAAUUUCUCGAAUCAGAUAUCGAAUUGCCGAAAGCCACCAGCACAUCGGCCCUCAGCAGCGCAGGCGUGAUGAGACUCUUCAACAAAGUCGGCGAAACCGUCAAUAAAAUAACAUACAAAAUGGACGAAACCGAUCCGUGGUUCGAGGAGAAACUGGGCCACGUGGAAUCGUUGGAGGCGCAAUUGAGGAAAUUGCACGCGAGCGUCGAGGCGAUGGUCUCUUACCGAAAGGAACUGGCCCAUCUGACCAACGGCGUGUCCAGAUCGGCGGCCAUGUUGAGCGCCUGCGAAGACCACAAUACUCUAUCGAGGGCUCUAUCCCAAUUGGCCGAUACCGAAGAGAAGGUGGAGGCGUUGCACAUCGAGCAGGCCAACACGGAUUUCUUCAUCUUCUGCGAAUUGCUGAAGGAUUAUUUGGGGCUGUUGGGGGCCGUGCGGGACGCCUUCCACGAGCGCACGAAAUUGUUCCAGCAUUGGCAGCACGCCCAGCAGAUGCUGGCCAAAAAGCGGGAGGUGCUGACGAAGUUGGAGCUGGCCGGGAAGAACGAGAAAUUCGAUCAGGCCAAGGCCGAGUUGGUCGAGUGGGAGUCGAAGGUGGAACGAGGACAGGAGAGCUUCGAUAAGAUCUCGCAGAUGAUCAAGAAGGAAAUGGAGCGAUUCGAGAGGUGCAGGAUCCAGGAGUUCAAGACGAUGUUUAUUAAAUACUUGGAGAAUCACAUGGAGCAUCAAGCUCAAUUGAUCAAGUACUGGGAAGCCUUUUUACCCGAAGCCAAAGCGAUUGCCUGACUAGAGGAGAUUUCCGAGGAAUAGCAACAAGUACAUUCCUACUGGAGAUUUCCGGAAAUAUGAUAUUUACCCAAUAGCUUACUGUUGGCGUAUUUACCGGAAAAUCCAGAUUUUUGAUUUAUUUUGGAGUGUCUGUUAUAUUACUAUACAAAUAAGUUGAGAUCUAAUUCAUUUAUAAUUUUCUUACUAUCCAAUACCGAGAGCUUUUUGCUACAUUAUACAUUUAUUGUCGAAUGUCUGGCGGAUAUAGAUGUACAUAAAAUAAGUUAUAGAAAAUAGGAUUUCAUCCUUAAAAUUAUCUGCUCUCUGCAGUGUAAAUUUACGAAUGUAAUGUACUGAUUUUACGGUAAAAUAGUAGAGUCCUAUGCAGAUUUAAUAUCAUUUUUUCGGGUAUUAAAUGUUUAUCGUAACUGUAUUAUAAAAAAGGAAUGAUUCAUUAGUAGCAUAUCCUUGUAAAUUUCCUAGCUAAAUGUGUAUUACAUUAAACAAAUCAACUGUAAGUUCUUGUACAAAAUGAAAGCUUUAGAUAGCAUUGUAAAAAUUUUUACACAUCGAUAAAGAAUAGAUUAUAAUAUAAAUUUGAAAAGUGUAUAAAUUUAUGAUGGUUUUGUUUUUCGCAGUUUUCUUCUAUCUAAAGUUUUUUUAUUCCAUAUUAUAUUAUUCAUUAAGGGUAUUACAAAAGGAUAUUAUUUUAUCAUUAUAUAUUUAUGCACUGGGUUUUUUUGAUUUUUACAAAAUUAGAAACUAUUUUGGUUUGUAACGCCCUUAUAUAUUUAUGCAUAUUCCAUUUAAUCGAAUCAUUUUAUAAUAUAUAUUUAUGGAAUAUUGUGAUAUGGAUUAUCUGCUUCUGAAGCGGAAAUAUUAGUCAUUAUUGUGCUAAAAAACCCAACGUGUUAAACAAGUAUCUUUACUAAUAAUGAAAAUAUUUAAUUUAGUAUUUGCAUGAUAAAUUUAUAAAUGUUGUAUUUGCUUCCAUUGUCCCCUUAGUAAUAAAUGG